AGUCCAAGAUGGCGGCGGCCAGGCGCGGCUGGCGGCCGUAGCGGAGCCUGGCGGGACCGGAGCGCUCCGGGCGGGCCCGGGGCGGGAGCGGAUCGGCCCCGAGGCCUCUCGGACCGGCCAUGGCGGCGGCGGCGGGCGGCGGGGCCGGCGGGGGCCGGCGGGAGCCCCCGCACACGCUGCAGGGGCUGCUGGAGAUGGCGGUGGCGGCCGGGGAGGCGCAGCCGCAGCCCCGCGAGCCCAUGGCCGAGGAGAGGCAGCAGUGGCUCCGAGAGGCCGUGUCCCAGGCUGUCUCAGGUCCAGGCUCGGUCAGGGCGGAGCUGCAGCGCUGCCUGGGGGUCCUGGCCGGGCCCUGCCCCGCCGAGGCCGCCCCCGAGCGGGGGCUGGGGGACGCCGGGGGGCACGCGAGCCCAUGGCCGAGGAG